CUCUCGUUCACUCCCUCUCCUUCUUUUACUUCAUUUCUCUCUUCCUUGGGGUUCAAAGCGCUCUCUCUUUCUCUCUCUCUGUCUCUGGGGUUACUCACUGGUCAAGUUCCAAGUCAACUCCCUUUCUCUUUCUCUUGCUCUUGUAUACCUUAACAAGAUGCUCUGAUAUCUUAUUUAUCUGUCUAUUCAGCCUUAGUUUCCACUAACUUGUUAAUUUGUCAAGUAAUUACAUAAUUAAUGGAGAACUUGGCCAGUUUGGAACCAUUCCUCUUCAGAACUUUUCAGGACUCAUGGAUUUCUGAAGCCUAUGCUCGCGACACCGAAACUCUAACUAAAGCCCUCCAGAAAUCACUCUUUUCCGAUAACAACCUUAUCUGCUCCGAUACACAACACCCUCCUACCACUCCUACCGCUUCUAACGUUUCGGGGUCGGACCCUGAAACGGUUGCUCCUCCCAAGCGUCAGCGAAACGGGAUCCCUGCUACUUCUGGCAAAGUCUCGAAACGCAAGUCUCGCGCGUCCAAGCGUUCUCAGACUACGUUUAUAACUGCGGAUCCGGCGAAUUUCAGGCAGAUGGUGCAACAGGUUACUGGUGUGAGAUUCGGUAACGCCCAGUUGCCACCUGUCCCUGUGCUCAAGCCUGAGCCACAGAGACCUGGUACCCGCCUCCAUGCAGCUGCCGGAUGCUUGCCCACUCUCGAUACAUCUGCGUUUUUGCUGGAUCAUCAUCAACAGCCACAAAUGGUCGUGAGCGUCACGCCUGGUUCCGGGUCUGGGACUGGGUCAGGGUCUGGGCCUGGGCCGGCCACUGUUUCUUUUCCCCAGCCCGUUGUUGCUGAUGGCGGGCCUACUGCUGGGCUAGACUAUGACACUUUUUCCAGCUUUCCCACUCUAGAGUCAUGGAAAGUUAUGUAAUUUUUUUAGCUUUUUUUGCCUUUUUUUUUUUUUUUUUUUUUUGGGGGGGGGG